AUGAAAUACAUCGAGAAAAGACUAGAGCCAGACUUCUUACGACUACCCGAAGAGCUUUGUUGGCGUCACGAGCGUGUUGAAGCCUCCGCUGCCAAAAAGCGUAAAGUGAUUGACGAUAGCGCAGAGGCUGUACAGCAGAAACUUUUACGACUGGAGCAAGCUGAACAAGGGGAGGACAACGUGGAGGAAGUGGAGGAUGAGGAAGACGGCUCAGAGGGAUCUCAGGAGCAUCCGGGUAGUGCUGUGGCAUCAGAUGACGAUUUUGGUGAAGAAGAUAAUGAUUACUGCGCAAAUUACUUUGACAAUGGUGAAGGGUAUGGAGAUCUUGGAUCCGAUGAUAAUAUGGAUGGUGAAGAAUAUUAG